AUGAACACCACUGUCCCACCCCCAGAGCUGGUGGGAGUGCCAAGGACACAGAACCUGAGUGUGACUCCUGGAACACAGGCCUUGUCAGGGUGGGCCGUCAUCCACACUGCCACCCUCACAUUCUGCUCUUUCCUACUCAUUGUUAUCUUUUGCCUGGGCUCCUAUGGGAAUCUAGUUGUUUUCUUGUCAUUUUUUGACCCAGCAUUCCGCAAAUUUCGAACUAACUUUGACUUCAUGAUCCUCAACCUGUCGUUUUGUGAUUUGUUCAUCUGCUGUGUGACAGCACCAAUGUUUGCACUGGUGCUUUUUCUAGAUGCCAGUGGAGGGGAUGGGGUUUCCAAAAGUUUCUGCUUUGCCUUCCAUCUGACCAGCUCGGGCUUCAUCAUUAUGUCCCUGGAGACUGUGGCUGUCAUUGCUCUGCAUAGACUGCGCAUGGUGUUGGGGCAGCAGCCAAACCGAACGGCUUCUUUCCCCUGUACUCUGGCCCUGACUGCUCUUUUGUGGACCUCCAGCUUCACCAUGGCAGCUCUGCUGACAAUGAGAGCCUAUCCACGGAGAGAUGGCCCCUGCCUGCCACAUUUUGGUCUCGGAGGCGGGCAGGCCAGAGUGGUACUGUAUGUCUACCUGGCAGACUUUGCCUUUUGUGUGGCUGUGGUGUCGGUGUCCUACCUCAUGAUUGCUCAGACUCUGAGGAAGAACGCACAAGUGAGGAAAUGCCCCAUCAUCAGCGUGGAUGCCACCUGCCCUCCUCCGCCACUCAUGGCAGCUGGUUUUGAGAGCAUGCAGUGUGGUGUUCAAGGUCCCCCUCUGUAUCGGAACCAGACAUAUAAUAAGCUGCAGAAUCUACAUACUCGCUCAUUUGCCAAGAACCAGCAUGUAGUGCCAGGGGCUGCAGCAGGAGCUACUUGCUGUCAGCUGGUGUCCACAGUCAACCUGGCCACAGCCAAAGACUCAAAAGCUGUGGUGACUUGUGUAGUUAUUGUUUUUUCUGUUCUUCUAUGCUGCUUGCCCAUGGGAGUUUCACUGGCACAAGAUGUGCUGUCUCCGGAGAGUAACUUUACACAUUAUCAGUUUGAACUAUGUGGGUUUGUGCUCAUCUUUCUCAAAUCAGGCAUUAAUCCCUUUGUGUACUCACGCAACAGUGCUGGACUUCGCCGCCGUGUCCUGUGCUGUUUUCAAUGGGUGGCGCUAGGUUUUCUUUGUUGUAAGCAAAAGACUCGCCUUCAUGCAAUGGGAAAAGGCAGUCUUGAAGUAAAUCGUAAUAAGUCAUCACACCAUGAGACCAACUCGGCAUAUGUCCUGUCACCAAAGCCACAAAGGAGGCUUAUUGAUCAGGCAUGUGGGCCAAGCCACUCUAGAGACUGUGUGGGAAGCCCAAAAGGCACUGGGGCACGCAAACCUCGGCCACCCAGCACUUCCACACCCAUCAACACCCGCAUUGAGCCCUACUACAGCAUCUACAACAGCAGCCCAUCUGCUGGACCCAGCUCACCCACAAGUCUGCAGCCAGUCAGCUCACAAACAUUUGCUUUUGCUAAGUCCUAUGUAGCUAUGCAUUACCACACGCAUCAAGAUGCACUGCAGGACUUUGACAGUACCUCUGUCCAUCAAAUACCCAUUCCCUCUGUCUAA